GAGGUCUGACGGGUCAGGGGCUCUUUAAGGCGAGGGGGAGAGCUGCGCCUGGGGGCAGGCGGACACCGACUGCUGGGAGCGAUGUCGGCGGGAGGCGGCCGGCCGUAGGCCGUGUCCCCGCCCCGCGGCGCUCUCCCCGCACCGCCCGCCCUGCGCCGCCGCCGCCGCUCCUGCUGCCAUUGGGAGCCGAGCAGUGCCGAGCCGAGCCGAGCCCAGGCAGCCGCCGGUCCUGCUCCGCCGCCAUCGCCAUGAGCUUCUUGUUUGGUAGUCGCUCUUCCAAAACCUUCAAACCAAAGAAGAACAUUCCAGAGGGGUCUCACCAGUACGAGCUGCUCAAACAUGCCGAGACCACGCUUGGCAGCGGCAAUCUGCGCAUGGCUGUUAUGCUUCCGGAGGGGGAAGACUUAAACGAGUGGGUUGCAGUUAACACUGUCGACUUCUUCAACCAGAUCAAUAUGCUUUAUGGAACCAUCACAGACUUCUGCACGGAGGAGAGCUGCCCUGUGAUGUCUGCUGGCCCAAAGUACGAGUACCACUGGGCAGAUGGGACCAACAUAAAGAAACCAAUUAAGUGCUCAGCACCGAAGUACAUUGAUUACCUGAUGACUUGGGUCCAGGAUCAGCUGGAUGAUGAAACACUAUUUCCUUCUAAAAUAGGUGUCCCCUUCCCAAAGAAUUUCAUGUCAGUGGCAAAGACAAUUUUAAAGCGUCUCUUCAGAGUUUACGCACACAUUUACCACCAGCACUUUGAUCCAGUGAUCCAGCUUCAGGAAGAGGCUCACCUUAACACUUCCUUCAAGCACUUUAUAUUCUUUGUUCAGGAAUUCAACCUUAUCGAGAGAAGAGAACUUGCACCCCUUCAAGAACUGAUUGAAAAACUCACCUCUAAGGACAGAUAAAAGGAGGAGGAGGAGGAUUUCUUGGAAGUCCCUUGUUUCUUUAAGCAAGAGUGUGGUAUUUGGUUUUUAUCCUUUUUGGUUUUGUUUUGGUUUCUUUUAUAACAAAACCCAAGAGAACAAAACCCCCUCCCUGUGCUGUUCCUAACAGACAGCCAAGAUCUACUUCCUGUGCUUUUCUUAGGGGAAAUCUUUUCUUGUGGUUUUUUUUUUUCCUCUGUUAGUGACAUGUGGUAAAUAACUUCAAUUUUUUUUCUUAAUUAUUAUUUUAUUUCCUUUUGUUGUUGCUGUUUGGUUUUUUUUUUUUUUUCCCAGAUGGUUGUUAUUCAUUGUGGAAUUUUAGCAGGUGCUGAGUGUUGAUAAAGAAAAGCUGCAAGGUUUGGGGAGGGGAUUUGACUGUGCUGGUGGAUGGGUUCUUUGUAUUGUGUCAGUGGUAGCCCAUUCUCAUGAAGUCCCUAAAAGACUUUUUUGCUUACAUGCUCUUAAGUGCCUUGGCAGACUCACUUCUGAGGUGCAAAGCACACACAACACUGAACAUUGCUGGAAACAAACCAUGACCUAACACCCAGGACACUUACUGAUGAUGAUAAAUAUGCUUUUACACUAAAAAAAAAAAAGCCAUAACUUAGUGAAAUCACUGAUCUCCAGCUUUUAAUACAAAUACUUGCUCUUAUUUUUUUAGAGAUGAACAGAGACUUUUUUCAAACCUUAGCUCUUUCUUCUUGAAGAGAAGUGAGGAUGAAGUCCCAAUUGCUAAAGCAAACCAAUGAAGGUGAUGGCCAAACUACAAUGAACCCCUUAGCACUUGUGGCCAUUGGGUUUGGCUUCUCAUAGUUGCUUUUUUAUGUUGGUUUGGGUGGGUUUUUCUGUUUUUAAACAGGCAUCAGCUUGGCUCAGCCACUCUUUGUGAAGUUUCCUAGUGUUUGCCAAAUGAGCUCUUAGUUUGCACAAAUAAUAGGUAGGGGAAAUACUGAGCAUGAAAAUGCACUGGGAUGGGUAACACCAAGAGGAAAAUCUGGCUUGGAAAAUCAUCAGUGAAGUGAUGGAGCUGUGAAUAAAAGCCUGGCUCUGUGGAAUA